GAUGCAACCGUCGUUGAAAAACCCAUUCGCCGUUGAUCGUCUCCUUGGUAGAGAAACAUGGGCACCAAGAAGAGAGUUAUGAGAUCUGGAAAGAAGAUUGCUCAUCCUGUCUCCAACAAACCUCGUUUCAACUUCAUUGAGGAAAUGUUCGUGAGUGCUCGUGGAGUUAAAACCAAGGUCUGUACGCUUCCUGCUGCUGAAAUGGAAUCAGUCAUGAACGACAGUGAUAGUGAUAGUGCUAGUGAUAGUGAUGGAGAGCCCUAUCCGAAUUUCGGUGUUGGGGUUAACCCGCAUGAAUCCGUUCUCUCUAACUGUGAUAGAGCACAGCAGAAGAUUUCAGUUGGUCGAAACUUGGGUUUCACCAGACGUUGCAAGCUCAACCUCCUUAGGAAGAGGGGGCAGAGAUUGGAACACAAGCUUAUCAAGAAGCCUGCUCCUUCUGUCCCUCGUUUCAACUUCAUUCAGGAUACGUUCGUGAGUGCUCGUGGAGUUAAGACCAAGGUCUGGACCCUUCCUCCUGCUGAGAUGGACUCUGUCAUGAACGACAGUGAUAGCGAUAGCGAUAGUGAUAGUGAUGGAUCUCAUGAUUUACAUCUCUAUCCGAAUUUCGGCAUUGGGACUCAGCCCUCCAACCCUGCAACCGGUGAAGCUGGAGCUGCUCCUUCUAAGGAGCAGACUUAUUCGUUAGCAUCUUGCAUCGAAGAGAUUACAAAACAUGUGGAGCUUUUGAAACAGGGGCUAUUGUUUUCUUGGAUAACAAAAACGGGAGCUCUUCCUCACUAUACCCAAUCAGCUGGUGAAUGUUGGGCUGCGGCCCUUUCAACAGGCCAUGCUUAUUACAUGGCUGCUAAUAAGAUAGAUGGAGAAAGAGUAACCAUCGAACUCCUCCUCGAUGGUGUUUCUAAGGAGCAUCUAAUGGGUUCAGGUGGAAUUGAUCGACUCGAAAGCGCAAGGGACUUUAUGGUCACUAACGGCUAUGUCACGGACAUGAUUGUCCAUAGGCGUCCUUCAGUUUCUGAGGAGUUUGCUGGUUAUGAGAUCCUGCUUGAGAAGCUGCUAGCCAGAGGCCCUAUGGUUGUUGUGUUCGAUAUUCUUCCACGGUACAAAGAUUAUGAUGGAAAAAGUAUAUUCAUUCCCGAUGAGACGGAAUGUCGGGUAUCUGUGCUUGAGAGAUGUAAGCAGCACAGCGUUGUUGUCACCGGAUGUGGGGUUGGGUUGGUCGAAGGAAAGCCGACUGAGUUCUGGCAAACCCAUGAUUCCCAGAAACCUCCAUGGGGAGUGGACGGUUUUGGCCAGUUGGCUCGUCGGAAUGGUCUGAUCGUAGCAGCGGUUGAGUUUAAGUUCUGAUCAGUACCGCCAGAAGAUCACAAGUAAAAGGAGGAUGAUAGAAGCUUUGAAGCUCUUGAAACUUUUUAUAUUUUGUCGUAAUCAACUUUGGGUUAUAAAUAACUCGUGUUCUGUCGUCGUUUCUCUUAAGAUUCUAAGGCUUUUGAUGUGUUAAAACUGUUGCUUCUUUUU